CAGCCACAUCCCACAGCCUCUGGUGUCUGGCCAGCACCGGAGCUGCCCGCGCGGAUUCCUCUGCGCCGAAAGUCGAUGGAUUCUCAUGGGGGGAUCCUAGAGCGAAUCCCAAAGCGCGCCAAUCCCCCGCCAAGGCGUAGAAUCAUCGGCUGACGGAGCCUCUCGUGUUUUCUCCCGAGGCUGGAGAAAACAAGCCACGUAGUAGUGAUAGUAACCACCGCGCUGGUAACCAUCUUACCGGAGCCGCUCCGGCAGCGCCGGUUCAUCGGAGUGGCGCGGCGUUACGCGUGGCCAGCAGCAGAGACGUGGAGAUUCGCCAUGAUCGCCCUCACCCUCACCCUCGCCCUGAGGGUAGUACAACGCCUCGCUACAACCACCAGCGUGGCCGCGACAGCGGCGAGCAGAGGGAUCCCGAACAGAGCAACGGCCGCAGCAGCAGCCGUGGUACUAGUGGCGGCGAGGCUCGCAUGGCGUCUUCCCACGAGUCUUCUUCCCACGAGCGUGGCUCGAGCAGCCACAGCGCGGCGUUUCACAUGGCGGCAGAGGCGGACGUGGUUAUUCACAGGAGGAAUGGCGGGGGUAACAGGGAGAGCCGCGGCGUGAAUCACGGCGUGAGUCACGGACAGAAUCCCCGGGGGGUCGCCCAUGGGGCUGGGAGCUUCGUGCAUGGGGCUGCGAUCGUGCCCAGCAAAACUGUCGACGACGGGCCUGGCGACUUCGGCAGUGGUGACUAUGCUGGCGGUGAUUAUAAUGGCGGCAGCUGGAGUGGUGGUGACUAUAUGGGCGGUGACUAAAAUGGUAAUGGUGGUAGCUGGAGUGGCGGUGACUAUGUAGGUGACGGCUCCCUCGUGGAAUUUAGCGUUGACUCUGUACCCAGCAGUGGCCGCAGCACCAGCAGCACCAGCAGCACCAGCAGCAACAGCAGCACCAGCAGCACCAGCAGCACCAGCAGCACCAGCAGCACCAGCAGCACCAGCAGCACCAGCAGCACCAGCAGCACCAGCAGCACCAGCAGCACCAGCAGCACCAGCAGCACCAGCAGCACCAGCAGCACCAGCAGCACCAGCAGCACCAGCAGCACCAGCAGCACCAGCAGCACCAGCAGCACCAGCAGCACCAGCAGCACCAGCAGCACCAGCAGCACCAGCAGCACCAGCAGCACCAGCAGCACCAGCAGCACCAGCAGCACCAGCAGCACCAGCAGCACCAGCAGCACCAGCAGCACCAGCAGCACCAGCAGCACCAGCAGCACCAGCAGCACCAGCAGCACCAGCAGCACCAGCAGCACCAGCAGCACCAGCAGCACCAGUCAGCGUUAGUGACUGCCCUGACGGUGGGGAUGGUGGGGAUGGUGGGGAUGGUGGGGAUGGUGGGGAUGGUGGGGAUGGUGGGGAUGGUGGGGAUGGUGGGGAUGGUGGGGAUGGUGGUAGUUUGGACAACGGCGGUGGUGACGCAGGCAACGGCGGCAUCGACGCUGGCGGCAGCGGUGACGGCAGCGGUGGCGGUGGUGGCGGGAUGGACGUGGGGGCGAUCCUGGAGGAGCACAACAGGGCGCGGCAGGAGGUGGAGGUGGCGGACCUGGCGUGGGACGACGGGGUGGCAGUAGCAGCGGCGGAGUGGGCCAACAACCUGGCCUCCAGGGGGUGCCCAUUGGAGCACGGAGGGGCGGAGGGGCUCGGGCAGAACCUGUACUGGCGCGCACCCGCGGGGCUGACCCCUGAGGAGGAUCGCAUGGCGGUGCAGUCGUGGGUGGCGGAGAAGGCGGACUGGACGUACAGCCCCGUGCCCGAGGGGUGUGCGGACGGCAGGAUGUGCGGGCACUACACGCAGGUGGUGUGGCGCGACACCACGCAUGUGGGCUGCGCCUCCGCGCACUGCCCUGAUGGGGGUGGCAUGUGUGUGUGCGACUACUUGCCCCCGGGCAACUUCGUUGGCUCCACGCCUUUCUAGGGUGGGUUCUUGUGGAGAUUGGUGGUCGCGUGGAGGGGUCGAGGGCGGUUUGAGGAUCUGUGCUUGAGAGGAUGCGGUGGUUUGCUUCUGCAGACUGUUGGGAGGGGGACGCUGGGACAGCAUGGGAGAAUCAGCUGGCUCUUGGAGGGUGGUUGCUUGCUCAUGCGGACAGCUUGCAUGGAGAUCAAUCCAGAUGUACUGUACGGGAUCUAGUCUGUAUGAUUUGGGAUUUACCUGUA